ACUUAUUGCAGAUACGCGUCAAUUUUGAAUUAUGCAGAUGUCAAUUUUUGAUAACACAGUGAUAACAUUAAAACCACAACAAAGUUUGGUUUAGCUAACUUUUUUGUAUUUUAAAAUAUUAAGUUUUAUUGUUGUGCGAGUCAAAAAUAUAUUGGAGUGUUUUAAACGGAAUCAAAUUCUAAAUUACCAAGUCUGCAAGUUUUAAGAUGACAAGUGUUGAGAGUUCGACGAUUGUUUUGCACGAAGAAAGAAAACGGCUCAUUAGUCAUCGUAGUGAAUAUAAUGUUGAUUUGUGGGGAGAAUUUAAGAAACGCUGGAUGGUGUUCGGCGUUCUAGUAGCGGUCGCCCUGGCGGUGGUAUCUCCUCGACUGGGCGCUCCCGGAGGCAACUACCCUGCAUGUUCACACAUAGAUCAUUUUAGAACGCAUAGCACUUCAUAUGAACAUGUACACUUCGUAUGGAAGUUGUGCGAUUUUGCGCACUUUCUAGUUUAUACUACAUAACGGGACGUAGUAUUUCAUUGCGUGGAGAAAAUGGUGUGCGAGCGAUUCCUCCGCGUUUAUACGCACUAUCUGUUCUGCACGCGCAAGUGAUUGCGCCAGUACUUGCUGCGGUGUCCGCACUUGCCUUGCGAGACGCUAAGCUCGAUAGACGAUUACUAGAAGGUGCCCUGGUGGCGCGUUCACGCGGACCUUGCGGCUGGCUGUCGCUGGCACUUUGUUACGACUCGUCACCAGCGACGCCUAUAUUGGCAGCACUCAACUACGCCGUGUCCCUGAUCGCUGCACCACUCGCCAUUCUAUUCUUUUGUGGUCGUACAGCUCUGCCUCCUUUGAGCGGCAUAUUGUGGACGGUGACAACAACGACAGUGCCGUUUCUGAUUGGUUGCUGGCGGUCGCAGCGCCCCGCUCCCCGCGCCCCCCGCACCACCGCACGUCUACUGGCACUCUUACUGCUUUACAUCGACUGCUGCGCGCUCUUGUGGGAAGCUGAGGGCAGUCUUUACAUCACCGAUGUCUUGGCUACUUUGUUCUUAGAAAUAAGCAGCGUGUCGCUAGCUGCUGCAGGCAGCUCGCUGUACGCACACUACGGGUUACUGCGACGUGCGGAGUGCCGCGCCCUUGCACUGGCCGCUGUCCCUAAAGCAGUCGGACUCGGUUGGGAGAUGAAAGUGUCGUGUAUGUCGUCUGGGCUGGCUCACUUGCCGACCGUGUUCCUGGCGCCCACGCAGGCCCUGCUGAUGGCCGCGCUCUAUGGAACUGAAGAAGACCAGUAUGAUGAUGAUGCGGAAGAUCUCUCCCUACUUCGUGAUUGAUUAGAAAUGAUAAUUAUAAUUUGAAUUAGGACCAAUUUAUUAUAGUUUGGUGUGAACUUUUUUUUACGAAUCGUAAUUUUGUUGAAAGAUUCUUAUUAUGCAUCCUCUUUGGGUAAAAGUUGAAUGUGUUGAUUUUUUUUUACUUUUGUUAUAUUUUGUAAAUUUCUUACUACAACACUCAGUUAUUUGGUUACUUUCUUGGCGUAAAUUGACACUGUAAAACUACUUUAUUAUACUUAGAAAUGUAAUUCCAAGAUUUAGUCAUAGACAAUUUUAAAUGAUAACUAAGCGAUAAGUUCAAAACAUUGCCUUCCACCGAAGUGUGGCCAGUUCAAAGUCUGCGAUACACCUCAUUAGUUUAUAUAGUAAAUAAGUAUUUAAUUAUAAUAGUAUUUGCUAGUAUAAAUUAGCUUCUAGUCUUAACCUGGGGCCUUCCAUUAGCCUUAUAUAAUUCAGAUUAGUAUGUUACCACUAAAACUAGAAACGUCGAUUUAAAAUUAGUAUUUAGUCGUUUAAAUUAGUAAAAUUCAACCAAGAGCGAAUUACAAGAGCCAAUUUAGCGCCGUCCGUGUUUGUCUCAAGUAAAUGCUCAAAUGCUUUAGUUUAAUUGGAUUUAGGUUUGUUAUCUAAUAAAUUGUGACGAAUUUAUUCUUUAACUUCGGUUGUGAUUUUACUGAUGAUUUAACAAAACCGGAAAGAUAAAGUGUAGCUACACAUUACGAUACAGAACAAACAAAUUAAGGAAUCACUUUUUUUUAUAACAUAAGGUGGCAAACGAGCAAGUGGCCACCGCCAAACUGGCAAAGCGACCGC